UAUUAUUCCACACAUCAGGCGAGUCACUAUUUGCAUGUUGUUAAACACAAUGGGUAGUUACAGAAUGCAGCUAAUACUUAUCAUAGCCAUAUCCACAUUUUCAUUCAUGCUUUUGCUUCCAAACACCCAAGGAUGGGGAGAGGAAGGACAUUACACUGUUUGUAAAAUCGCUCAAACUCGUCUCAGCAACACCGCUGCUGAGGCCGUGAAAGAGUUAUUACCAAAAUCAGCAGAAAAUGACUUGGCCAGUAUGUGCUCAUGGCCAGACAAUGUUAGAAAACAGUUUCCUUGGUCAGCUUCUUUGCAUUUUGCUGAUACUCCUGAUUUCGCUUGCAAUUACCAAGACGAAAGGGAUUGUAUGGAUGUAAGAACGGGAGCCAAGGGGCGAUGCGCAGUGGGGGCAAUUACUAAUUACACCACCCAGCUUCUUCAUUAUGGCAGUAACACAAAAUAUACAUAUAACCUCACAGAGUCUCUUCUAUUCCUUUCACAUUUUAUGGGAGACAUUCAUCAGCCUCUACAUUGUGGCUUUCUCUCAGACAAAGGAGGCAAUACAGUUAUUGUUGAGUGGUUUGGAAUUAAACAAAAUCUUCACCAUGUUUGGGACGAUUGCAUAAUUGAGAGUGAAGUUGAAAGAUACUAUAACUCUGACUUAGGAGAAUUCAUUGAUGCAAUUCAAACCAAUAUCACGAAGGUAUGGGGUAAUGAAGUAGAAGAAUGGGAGAACUGCAUCUCUGAUGACAUUGCUUGCCCAAUCACGUAUGCAUCUGAAAGUAUCGAAGAUGCUUGCAAAUGGGCAUACAAAGAUGCCGCCGAAGGCACCGUUUUAGAAGAUGAUUAUUUCCGGACACGCUUUCCGAUAAUAAAUUUGCGAUUAGCUCAAGGAGGAAUUCGAUUGGCAGCAGUUCUCAACCGUGUUUUUGACAAACAACAUUAUGCUAUGUCUAUGUAGUUUUAUUAUCUAAUGAGUAAGUUGUUAACAAUGGAAAUAUGAAAUGAAAGGUUUAUGUGGAACUAAAUAAAAGAGAAUGUACCAAAUAAAAGUGCAUGGCAAUAUCUGUUGCUUUUUUGUGAAUGCACAAAUUAUCGUACGCCUCAUUGUUGUGAUUAUAAGUCUACGUUUA